CAGUCACCACACCAUGUGGACACAACUUCUGUAAAAACUGCAUCACUGAACACUGGAACCGUAAUGACCAGUACCUGUGUCCCAUCUGUAAAGAGGUUUUCAACAUAAGACCUGACUUGGGGGUCAACAAAUUGCUCUCUGAGAUGGUUUCUCAGUUCAGACAGGAAGCUCAACAGAAAGCCAGCAGCAGCAGCUCAGAGCAACAAGCUGCCAAACCAGGAGAAGUUCCCUGUGACGUCUGUACUGGAACCAAACUGAAGGCCCUGAAGUCCUGUCUGGUGUGUCUGACCUCCUACUGUGAGACUCACCUGGAGCCUCAUCUGACAAUGUCAGGUCUGAAAAGACAUCAGCUGAUCAACCCUGUGGAGAACCUGGAAGACAGGAUGUGUAUGAAGCACGAUAAACCUCUGGAGCUGUUCUGUAAGACCGACCAGACAUGUGUCUGCAUGCUCUGCUCUGUUUUAGACCACAAGACACAUGAGUUUGUUCCUCUGAAAGAAGAAUAUGAAGGAAAGAAGGCAGAGCUGGAGAAGACAGAGGCUGAAAUUCAGCAGAUGAUCCAGAAGAGACGACUGAAGAUUCAAGAGAUCAAACACUCAGUUGACCUCAGUAAGGAAGAUGCAAACAGAGAGAAAGCAGAAGGUGUUCAGGUCUUCAUCGCUCUGAAGGAGUCUGUUGAGAGAAGCCUGAAUGAGCUCAUUGAGACGAUUGAAGAGAAGCAAAGAACGACAGAGAAACAGGCUGAAGACUUCAUCAAAGAGCUGGAACAGGAAAUCUCUGAGCUGAUGAAGAGAAACUCUGAGGUGCAGCAGCUCUCACGCUCUGAAGACCACCUCCACCUCCUCCAAAACAUCCUGUCCCUGAAAGCUGCUCCACCCACCAAAGACUGGACAGAGGUCAGUGUCCGUCCACCAUCAUAUGAGGGGACUGUGGUGAGAGCUGUGACUCAGCUGGAGGAGACGCUCAGUAAAGAGGUGAAGAAGCUGUUUGAGGUUGGGCUGAAGAGGGUCCAGCAGUAUGCAGUGGAUGUGACUCUUGAUCCUGAUACAGCACAUCCUGAACUCAUCCUGUCUGAUGAUGAGAAACAAGUAAAUCAUGGUGAUGUGAAGAAGAAUCUCCCAGACAACCCAGAGAGAUUUUCUAUAAAUCCCUGUGUGUUAGGAAAGCAGAGUUUCUCUUCAGGCAGAUUUUACUUUGAGGUUCAGGUUCAAGGGAAGACUAAAUGGGAUUUAGGAGUGGUCAGAGAGUCAAUCAACAGGAAAGAAAAUAUCCCACUGCAGCCUCAUAAUGGUUUCUGGACAAUAUGGUUGAGAAAUGGAAACGAGUACAAAGCUCUUGCUGACCCUCCAGUCCAUCUCUCUCUGAAGUCUCAGCCUCAGAAGGUGGGGGUGUUUGUGGAUUAUGAGGAGGGUCUGGUCUCCUUUUAUGACAUAGAUGCUGCAGCUCUUAUCUACUCCUUUACUGGCUGCUCCUUCACUGAGAAACUCUACCCAUACUUCAGUCCCUGUAUUAAUGAUGGUGGUAAAAACUCCGCCCCUCUGAUCAUCUGUCCUGUCAAUCAAACUGCCUGAGUCAAUAUCAGGAUGCUGAUGGAUUAGAGCCAAAAUUUACUUGAGCUUUAAUAAUAUUAAUUUAUUAAUGACCUAUUAUAUAAAUAAUGUUUAAUAAAUUUACCACAAGUGACCCAUUGCUUUAUCUCCUAUGCACCUGCCUGUGAGGUGAACUACUUGAUAUACAGUUAGCUAGUUUAGUCCAGUGGUUCCCAA